AGCUACGUGCUGUUCCCUGCAUGGCCAAGGAUGCCUCAGAGUAUGUCACUUCCCUCAGUAAAUUGGUUUCCUCUUCUUUGUUCUUCCAGCAUUUUAGCCACACAACAGAAUUCCUGUCCUACCUGAUACUGUGUGUUGCCAAAAUGCCGUUCAUACCACCUGUGACGAUUGCACGCUCUGUGUCUGGACUGACAGGGAAGGAGAGAGCUGUCAGCAGCUCUUCAUCUACUCCUACUUUGGACAAGACGAGGGACCGAAGAGAAGACAAAGGCAGCUCAGUGAAGGAGAGACUGACUUUGAACCUUAAACAGCUGGGGAAAAAGAGCCAAGCCAGGAGUCACCUGACAACAGGAGCAGAGGUGCAUGCAAAGAGAAAGGACAGAUUGUUGCCCUCAUCACAAACUGACAGCUUCCCUGCGUCCAUCUCAGGUGAGUCUCUGUCUAAGACACAGCAGUCGAAAAAAGGGGGCCAGAGUUUUGUGAAGAGUGAAUCAGAGGUGAAGAGAAGGAGCAGACAUGAGGAGGCGGCCCAUUUCACCCUGACACUCACACCUGAGGCUGUUCUGCUGCUGCAGCGCAGGAACAGUGAGAGACGUCAGCGUUCAGCAGCCAGAAAUGCUGAAAGUGCUGCUGCUGCUGCUGCUCCUGGAAAUGCCACAGAUUCCAGACGCAGAAGGGAAAACGUUUGUAAAAGGAAUCAAACGGCAGCGCAGAAACAAAGCACGCCCAACAGCACAGCAGCUGUGAGAAACACCAGUGUGGCUGAACUGGGAGACAUAAGCUCAUUUCUGAAAAUCUCACUCCUGAACGAGCAACACAAGUAUGAUGAUGUGGAGUAUGAGGAAGAAGGGGACUGUGGUGUGGAUGAGCGCGUGGUUUUGAAAUGUACCGAGUGGCUCCGUGGGCUGGAGAACACACCAGUGACAGUGGGGAAGAGCUUGAUUAAGAGUGCACACGGUGUAAAUAGUUUCUGAGGGUAAAAUGAGAUGUAUGGAGGCCCAACGUUGGGGAAUUAACUACAUUUUCUAUUUUUGUGUGGGCUACUUUGUGUUCGAUGUUCCCUUCUUUACUGAUUAUCGUUGCUCAGCUGAUCACCUGAAUAAUGAUCUUUAUUACAUUAGAUUUGGACUCAAUCACUGCAGGUUGUCGGGUUAUUUGCUGG